UCCUCCGUCAACGGCUUCGACGUCCACGGCUGCGACCUCGACCUGCACCUGGAGCUGGGGGGCCAGGACGGGGACCCCCAAAACCGGGAGACCCCAAACGGGGACCCCCAGAGCCCAGAAACCCCAAAUGGGGACCCCCAAAACUGGGAGACCUCAAACGGGGACCCCCAGAGCCAGGAGAUCUCAAACGGGGACCCCCAAAACCGGGAGACCCCAAACGGGGACCCCCAGAGCCCAGAGACCCCAAAUGGGGACCCCCAAAACCGGGAGACCCCAAACGGGGACCCCCCUCCCAGUGGGUCCCUUUUGGGGGACAAGGACCCCCCCAUAAAGGGGUCUCUUUUGGGGUCCGAGGGGUCACUUUUGGGGUCCGGGGGGUCCCAUUUGGGGGACAGGGUGGACCCCCCUUCCAGGGAGUCCCUUUUGGAGUCCGAGGGGUGCAUUUUGGGGUCUGGGGGGUGCAUUUUGGGGUCUGGAGGGUCCGUUUUGGGGGACAAAGGGUCCCAUUUGGGGUCCGAGGGGUCCCAUUUGGGGUCCGGGGGGUCCCAUUUGGGGUCCGAGGGGUCCCAUUUGGGGUCCGAGGGGUCUCUUUUGGGGUCCGAGGGGUCCCUUUUGGGGGACAGAGACCCCUCCCUGGACGGGUCCCUUUUAGGGGACGAGGCCGCUCCUCCCUCGGGCUCAGACUCCGAGGGUUCCCUGUCGGGGGCUGAAUCCCCCGAGCCCGGGGGGUCCCUUUUGGGGUGCGGGGGGUCCCUUUUGGGGCGGGGGGCUCCCCCCGAGCAGCUGCUGGCUCUGGUGGGCGCGGUGCUGCGGCGCUGCGUGCCGGGGGUCCGGGGGGUCCGGGCCGUGCCCGGGGCUCGGCGGCCCGUGGUCAAAUUCAGCCACAAACAGUCGGGACUGGCCGGAGACGUGUGCCUGGACAACCGGUACGGGACUGGGAGCGACUGGGGGGGGGUCGCAGCCCCCUGGGGACCCCCGGCACGACCCCCGCCCGUUUUUCCCGCAGGGAACCGGGCCGGGGGCGGACCCCUCCUCACCAAUUACGCUCUGACCUUGCUGGUGGUGCUGUUCCUGCAGAGCCGCAGCCCCCCCGUGCUGCCCUCGGUGCGGCGCCUCCGACACCUCGCGGGACCCCGGGACCGUGCCCAGGUUGGGGGGUGGGAUUGCAGCUUCCCCCGGGACGCGGCCGAGCUGGAGCCCAGCGGCAACACCCAGAGCGCCGCCUCCCUCCUGGCCGAAUUCUUCUCCUAUUUCGGGAGCCUGGAUCUGGGGGGGCUCCUCCUGUCCCCCCUGGAGGGCCGGGCUCUGCCGCGACCCCCGCCCGGGACCCCCGGGGGGCUCCGCCCGGGCCCCCUGACCCUGCAGGACCCCUUCGAGCUCAGCCACAACGUGGCCGCCAAUGUCACCCCGCGCACGGUGUCGCGAUUCGUGCGCUGCUGUCGCGACGCCGCCCGCCUCUGUCGCGGCCCCGAGUUCCUGCAGAAGUCGCGGAGGGGCCGCCCUUGGGGCGUGAUGCGGCUGCUCCAGCCCGGUAACCCCGGCAGUUCCCAGGGGAAAUUCCUCAUCCCGGUGCCGCUGCGGGCUCCGGGGGUCCCGCGGAGCGAGGUGUGCGCGGCCGUGGGCUUCGUGCUCAGGGAGGUGCUGGGCUGCGGCUGCGAGCCCGAGGGGGAGCCGGGGGAGGCGGAACCGGGAGCCGGGAGACACCGGGAGGGGGAUUUGGGGGUCCUGGGAGCACCGGGGGGUGAGGAGGAGCUGCUCUCGGAUCCGGGAGAGCCAGAACCGGGAGCCGGGAGUCACCGGGAGGGGGAUUUGGGGGUCCCGGGAGCA